GCUCACAGCCGCUCUUAGCGGCUGCCCGGGGCUCACCGCGCCGCCGCCGGGCGCUGACUCAGCCGCAGUCGGGCUGCUCCACCGAGCAGGACCUGGAGAGUGCGUGCCCGGAGCCGCCGGGGAAACACCGCAGCCUUGAGCCGCGGGCUUCCGGAGCUGGAGCUGGGGGCUGGCCCGUAUGGGUCCCCCGAGUGAGCACAUGGGACUCGCCCGGCCAGUUCUAUAUGAAAAGACGGAUGAUCCAGAAUCAAGGUCUACGUUGCUUUUGCAGUGACAGUGAAGUCUUGGUCAUCUGCUUUUCCCUGCUACCAUUGAACAGCUGUGAGAAAAGCAUCAUCAUUGACAUUUUCCUGUGUCUUGGUGGAAGUUUACAGAGAAUCAUCAGCUCAUUAGGGUUUUCAUCACCCCAGUAUCUGCAGUUCUGAUUCAUUUCCUUCCUAAGGCCACCCACAGCUCUGCUCUCGGAGAAGCCAUACUGACUCAUUGGCUCAAGCUGUGAUGUUCAGCUGUCCAUCUUGCCUCCUGGAACAGCUCAACCCAGGGUCUUCCUGAAGUGGUGACCACUCCAAUUGGCAGGGGUAGAAAAUGGUACCAGUCAGGCCGGAGCCCCGGGAGGCCACAGUCACUGCUGCAGGAUGGAGGAACCCACUCCUGAGCCGGUCUAUGUGGAUGUGGACAAGGGGCUGACCUUGGCUUGCUUCGUUUUCCUCUGCCUCUUCCUUGUAGUCAUGAUCAUCCGCUGUGCCAAGGUCAUUAUGGACCCCUACAGUGCCAUCCCCACGUCCACCUGGGAAGAGCAGCACCUGGAUGACUGAGGCAUAGGACAAGUCACAGUGUCCCAGGAUGCACAUCUUCAUACCCUGGCCAACAUCCUCCAAGCACUUGGAGGCUGGAAGUGGCUUUGACCACCAAAAGAUGGAGAAGGCUCACCUUCACCUUAUCCGCUCUCACAUGAUCACCACAGGGAAAUGCCAGCAUGCUAGAGGCAAGGCAGUUUGGGGAGACCUGGGGAGAAGAGUGCUAAGCCAUGACUCAGGCAAGUGGGGUCCAUCCUGGGACUCCACUGGGAGACUGCAGGGUGAUGGUCCCCUGUCUAGGCUCCUGUGCACCUUUGGAAACUGAACAAAGAACAGACACUCUGAUCUGCAAACAGUGGUCAGGAGGAGACUGCCCUUCAAAUGCACAGCACAGAGAGGCUGCUGAGAGCCCAGGACUCUUACCUACAGCCUAGCAGUGGAGGGGCAGGAAGAAUGGAAAAUUCAGGGGGCUUCGGCAAAUUCUCACAACGCACACAGCUACUUCCAAACGGGGUUCGUUUUGUUUUUUUUUUAACUAAAAUAUAGAGGGAUAUAUUUUUCCUGUUAAAAAUGAGAUGUGCAUUUUAGACACUUGGGAAAAUAUAGAAGAAAUAUAAAUAUAAUAAAAGAAAACUAUAAAUAGAAGAAAGGCAGGUGAAAAGCACUUAUAGUCCGACUUCCCAGAAGCCAUCAUUUUGAUAUAUUUCUUCAAGUCUUUUUUACAAGAAAUUUUUUAGUAAUUCACACCGUACGCAUGAUGCUGCAUUGAUUCAUAUGAUAGCUCAGAUACCUUCUGCCUCUGAAAAUAUCGUGGCUGUUUUUUUGUGACUGAGAGUAUACUCUGUAGGUCAUGACUGAAUAUAGUCCUUUUCUUUAUCUAUUUAACUUUUCCACAAUGUUCUCACACAAAUUACUUCACCCAGGAACCUUCAGAAGCCCUACAUUCCAGGAGCUCCAGGCAAGAUCUGGGUUCUAGUCCUGCUUCAGCUACUCAAAGGCUGUAUGAUCUUGAGAAAGUCAUGUCACCUCUAGGUGCCUCAGUUUCCUCAUUGUAAGAUGGGAAGGGGAAGUCUGUCUGUCUAUCUGUCAGUGAAAGGAGCCAAGCUACAGUGGGAGCUGAGACUAGGUUGCUGGUGAUCACUCUUCCCUGUCUUCCCUUCCUCCUCUUCUCCCACACACUGUCACCUACAUCUAUGACCUUGCUGCAACGAUUCUGGGUCAGAGCCUGCACCCCCCCCACACACACACACACCAGCAGCCUCAACUCCUGUGUUCUCGUUCUAUGACCCCUAAGUAAAUCAGCACCUGUGAGCUCCAAUUUCCUCAUCUAUAAAAUAGGGGAGUAACAUCUACCUCACAAGGUUGUUGCAGAGAUAAGACGGGAGAGCAUGAGCAAACAGGAGCAUCCUUUCCUGAAUCUCUCACCCUAGGAAAAGAGCCCUGCCUUCCAAGAGCCAGAGCUCCCAGUACCGGCCAGCGGGACACUCAUAGUGGCCUCUUCUACACGUGACACCACAGCAUCUGGGGUCUACUGACACACACCAUCACCAUUGUCAGCUUUUUCACGUCUGGGAGCUGCCUCUAUUGUGUCCUUCCAGGGUAGGACUUGCUGCCCUGUCAAAGGAGACCUGUGCUGUGGACCUCAGACCUCCUCCAUUGCCCACACUCAAGCCAUGGGUUCCCAUGCACCUCAGGCUACCUGGGGAAAAGGUUUCCAAAGCACUGUCACUGCUAGGUGACCCCUAAAAGUGAACAGAUGAUGUUGGGGUGGUUUUCCCGGGCACGCCCAGUCUCUGUCUCUGUCUCUGUCUCUGUCUCUGUCUCUGUCUCUGUCUCUCUCUCUCUCUCUCACACACACACACACACACACACACACACACACACACAGUGGGAUGUACAAAGGGACAGUUAGCACAGACUCCAAACGUGGCUAUGAGGUGUUACCUCCAGCCAGGCCUUCCUCAAAAACCUACCUCACAGACCGCAGGCACUUCUGUGGGACCUGUUGGGAUGGGUUUACAGAGUCAACCAGGGCCUGUUCCCAGCUAUUAAUGACAGCACAGGAAGAAGAGAUCUGAAGAGCUCUGAAGACUUCCUAUUGGAGCUCUCUGGAGGGAAAAUGGGAUGCCCCAAGCUGUGCUUCUCAGAUUGCCUGCUGAGGGCAAACCACACCUGCUAGAAGCUCCCUCCUCCCUUCCCCAGAUCUGCAGACUAGGCAGACUAGACUCAAACUAGACAGCCUGGGCCCACCAGGGACCUAAGUUAGCCAGAUUCCUGGAUGGUUGCACACCCCUGUUUAAGAAGCAUUGCCCAGGGCCCCUGGUCUCAGACAACUUGCCAAACCUAGACCCCUUAGUAUUUUUCACCUUAUCUCUUCGUGCUGUUUUCAUGGCAAGGGGAAAUAAUAUUUGAGAAAAGAGGUGAUUUCAAAACCCACCCCCACCCUCCAGAGCCAAGCUUCUGAGAAGGCAACAAAGCAGCGGUUUCUAUUUCGUGCCCACGUCCUUGCUCGCUUGCUCGUUUGUUCAUCCUCUUGCAAGCUGUCCACAAGUACCUUUGGCUGUGUAGCUUCAGACACUCAUUCAACCAGAAUCCCUUCACAAGCAACUUUUCACAAUGUUGCUUCUCCUUGUUUGUAUCUGUGUGCUUGGUGGUGGUUCGUGAGUGUGUGUGUGUGUGUGUGUGUGUGUGUGUAAGAGAAAGAAAGAGAGAGAGAGAGAAGAGGAGAGGAGAGGAGAGGGGAGGGGAGGGGAGAGAGAAGAGAGAGAGGAGAGGGGGGAUGUGUGUGAAUGGCGUGUACACGUUCUGGUGUGUGAAUAUAAGCAUGUGUGGAGGUCAGAGGACAAUCUUGAGUGUUGCUCCUUCCUUGUUUGAGACAGUCUCUUCUUCACUGUUCACCACUUUCUACCCCAAACUAGCCGGCCAACAAGCGUUCAGGGAUCGUCCUGUCUCUGCCUGCCGUCUCCCACGAGAGUACUGCGAUUACAGAUGUGCACUGCUGCGCCCACCCUCUGUCACAUGAGCUCUGGGGAUUCAAACUCAGGCCCUCACACUCACACAGCAAGCACUUUGCUUACUGAGCCAAUUUCCCAGCUUCCUCCACCUUUACCAUGAUUAAGGUCUGUUUUUAGAAGAGUCCCCUCCCUUGUACAUGCGUGGAACAAUGCAGACCCCUGCGGCAAAUACUUACGUUGCUUUCCCCUUCCCAUUAUACAUGUGCUGAGAAGAGAUAGAUAGAAGAGGCUGUGCUGAGCCUGGGGCUUGCUCAGGAGAGGGGAGAAGGAAGAUUUCUAGCACACCUCUUCUCGAAAGAAGGAAAGGGAGGUCCCCAUCUCUGUCACUUGAUCAUGUGAAGGCGAGAGAAAGGUGGAAGAAUUUCCAGUUUUCCUUCUCUUGUGCUUUCUCUUCUGAAGGAUGGAGGAAGCGGUCCUUUAGGGACCAGAGCAUCCUCAUAAGUUUCUGCGAGCUGAGAGAAAGCCUGUAGUUAUGGACAGAGAAGGAAACACAGCAGCAAAACAUUAGUGCUGAAGUUUGGAAGUUGGCAGAGAGGAGAUGAAGAGAGGCUGGAGGAAAUGAGGGCUGUAGAGUCAGCUACAAGCCAGAGAAGAAGGCAAACUCUCUAUGGCAGGGAAUGGAUGACGGAGUCCUUAGAGAAUGGCAUCUAGUAGCUGGGUUCAAGUUGCUGCAGUGAUGUGCUGUGUGGAGUCCCUAUGCGUUAUCUCACGCUCUCAGCAAAGGCAGAUGCAUAGUCAUCCUUUCAUGCCCAUUGAACUGCAACAGUGGGUCCAUCUGUGUGGUAGGCCACAGAGAGGGCCCAGGUGUCCCAGAGACAAAUGGGGUAAUAAAAACAUUUAGAAACAAGAAAGCCAGAUGAUAGCCACCAGAAGGAAGGUGGUCCCUGAGCAUGCUCAGAGGUUGAUUGAUGUAAGUGGUGGGACCCAGCUGCCCCAGUGUGGCCUAUAAAUUGCCAUCACAGCCAUUUUACUUUUCCAAUUAGUUUUCAAAUGUCCACAUGCUGUUUUGUUUUGGUGGAGUGAUUGCAUUGCUGGGUAUGGAACUCAUGGCCUUGUGCAUGUGAGGCCAGCAUUCUGUCAAUGAUAUUUGCCCCUCGCCCCACAUGUCCUUGCUGGAAUGAAAAACAAGUGGCUCUCCACCCCCACGGAAUUGCCCCUGGGACUCCAGAGGUUUCCAAAAGAGGCCGGUCCUUUUUUCAAGCACCAAGCGGAAAUAAUUGCAAAGCCUUUUGUCCACAAGAAUGGGCCCCUGUCCUAUUGAGGACUGGUCCUGCUAUGUAGGAUGGAUAAUAUCCAUAAUAGUCUCUGUAGCUGAUGGCCCAGGCUACUGAGAAGUGAUCACAUUGAGUUUCCCACAUCUGUUCUGGCACAGAUGGACAGACAGACUCAUCAUACUUGCUUCUCUGCCCAUCUGCGCUGAUUCCAUAAGUCCUUGACAGUCAUCGACUAAGACUUUCCCUCCUCUCCCCCCCACCUCCCCCAGGGAAGGCUCUCUGUAACUGUCAGUGGCUAGCAGGAGCGAGAGGGUGCACUUGAAAUAGUAAUAGAGUUAAAGAAAGUCCAUUCACAGAGGUUGGGUAGAGCUCAGGGAAACAGAAUGGCAGAUACCAAGGACAGCCCUCAAUGAGACAUCAGACUUACCUAAGCCUGAAGAGACAAGGAAGGACAACCCGAUCCCAGCAGGAGUUGCUGCAGGGUAGAGUCAGGCAAAAGGAGCUGUGCCACAGGUACAUCUAAUACUCUUGCCUGGGACUGGACUAUAGCUCAGUGGUAGGGCACCUGCCUAAGAUGGUGGAGAUCCUGGGUUCAAUCCCCAGAACCAGAAGAAAAAAAAAAAAAAGGUUCUUGCACAAUUCCAGGCCAGUAGGGCAAGAGUUGGAGAUACCUUUUGCCUCCUUUCUCAGUCUCCCACUGACAAAAAUAAUAGACACUAAAGGAUGGGGUUGCUGAGCAAUAGGAUCUAUGUAUGUCGGCACACUGGAGUAACUAAAAAAUAACCAGCACAGCCCACCCCAAGCAACACUGAGCAUCCAUCAGGAACUCUGCUAAGAAGGGGAGGCAAACACUAAUCCUAAGGAUUAGUCCUGUGGAUACCCACAUUGCCCCAGAUAAUGUCAAUUUUGCCUCAUUCCCAGCCAGACCUUACACUGGAAUGUAGCCAGUGCAAGACAGAGAGGCUAGCAGAGCCACCUCUGUAGUGGUCAUGAGGCCUGGGAUGGACAGCAGUCUUGGUCUUUCCCCUCCUACCCCACAUCCCCUGCAUAGUCCCUUGGCUGUGGGGGCAUUUUACCUCAUUGAGAGAGGAGACAAAUCCUAGUCCUGCUUUUAUUGAGUUAGUACAUGCCCAAAGAACUCAGGAAGGGGCCUUGCAGGUCUAGUUGGAAGCACUUUAGAACUCCCAGAAGAGGGCCACAGGAGCUCCUGGAUCUGUAGUCCCAAGAUGAAGAGCACUGGAGUCUCCACAGAACUAAUUAGGAAUUGAACCCUAGACUUCCAGAAUGGGGACACAGGGCACCAGAUGUACCAAGUGUCCCAAUGAAUCUUUGGGCUCUGGAGUGAGUCUCCUCUGCCCCUGUGGGGUAGCAGUAAAGCCAUAGCUUCUAGGGUGUGGGAAAAAUUGCCUGACAGUGCAGCAAUCCCCUUUUCUGUACACUGGUUCACCUAACAGGCACAACGACAUCUUCCAGUUUAUCGGACUCCCACCACGUGUGCUGGUGAUUCCCAAUCCAGAACAUCGAUGCUUAUUUAUUACAGGGGUGGAAAACUCAAUUUCACGAGUCACACACCAUUAGCUGGAAGAUAUGAUAGAAACGACAUGGGGGUUCCUCACAAAGUUAAAACUAGGCAUGCCAUAUGAUCCCACAUUAGGGGGAUAUCUAAAGGAAAUGCAAUAUUUCAAAGCACUCUACUCCCAUGUUGAUUACAGCACAAUUCACAAUAGCCAAGAGCUGGAAAACUUAUAAAUAUUCAUCAGUGGAUGAGCAGAUGAAGAAAAUGUGGUACCUGAGUACAGUGGAAUCUGAUUCAUCUCUAGAAAGGAUGAAGGCUUGUCAUUGGGAUAUGGAUGAAACUGGAGGUCAUUCUGUGAAAUGAGCCAAGCACAGAAAAACAAGUACUCAUGAUGUCCCAUAUGCAGUCAAAAACCAUCGCUUCCCCAGAAGCUGAGAGGAGAAUGGUGGUUACCAGAGACUGGGGGAGCAGAGGGGGACCUGGUCACUGGGUCCUAUGUUACAGUUAAAGAAAUCAGUUCCAUUGGGUUACUAGGCUGCAGAUUCAAAUGAGCUUGGAGAGGGAAUUUUGAAUGCUUCUACCACAAAGAAGUAAUGUUUGAGGUGAUAUAUAAGGUUACCUGGACUUGGCUCUGCACAAUAUACACACAUAUCAAAACAUCCUAUGAUAUGCUAUAAAUAUGUACAAUUUGUGUAUCAAUUUUAAAAAAAUAAAUAAAAUAGAAAAGGGGCA